AUGGAGGCGCCGAUCGAAGAGCCUGGCGCUGCUGAGCAGCAGCAGCAGCAACAGCAAUUUCCCGAGAUUUCGAACCCGCCUAACGGAGGAAUUGAUGGCCGACCUGCCGCGACUGUCGAUGAUCUGAUGGCUCACCUCCAAGCCUUCGCCCGGACCAACGGCUUCGCCGUGAUCCGACGUAACGCCGGCAACUACAGAGAUUUCGAUGGAGUUAAGAAGCCUACGCGCUACAGAGUUUGCUGCGACAAAGCUGCUAUUCGCGCCUCUGAGAGCUACGGUACCCGCAAGGCUGGCACCCUGAAGAACAACUGUCCUUACGACCCAUCGGCUCACUCGCUUCACCGGAAGCUUACGGCCCAGCAGGAGCAACUCGUGGACAUUACGUCGAAGCACAAGGCUAUCAAAGCACGUGAGGUAGCGAGCAUCGCCCGCGACGUCGAGCCCGGCUCGGUGAUCAGGCAGAAGGAUAUUGACAACGCCCGCCAACGUCUUCGUCUCAAGCAACUCGACGGGUACACGCCUGUGCAGCAGUUUAUCCACAAGUUGAUCACUAUGGGCUACAAGCACCGCAUCCAAUGGGCGCCUAACGAUCCUACCCGUCCUGUCGCCUUUGUAUGGACUUAUCCGUGGUGUGAGACCAUGUGGGUUCGUUUUCCCGAGGUUAUUGGCCUUGACAACUCCUAUAAGACGAAUAAGUUCAAGAUGCCGCUCUUCCAGGUUACUGGUACGACGGACACCGGAUCCUUGUUCAACUGUGUCUUCGGGCUUUCAACUGAGCGGCGUGAGGGUUACGACUUCCUGUUACGGUUCUCAUCAACAAGGUUGCACGAAGAGUGCAAGAGUGGGUGGCUGCGCAGGAUUCACGCCGAGAAGCCCAAGGUCGCUAUCACCGACUUCGAAGAAGGCCUACGAUCGUCGAUCCAAGAAACCUGGCCCGAUACCCAGCUGCAGCUAUGUAUUUUCCACAUCAACCAGAACAUCACGAGCAACGCAAAGAAGAAGUGGCAGGGUGCCGGUGGUCCACCGCCUGAUGAGUUUGACGUUGCCCGGGAUAAAGAAGCCGCCGAGGCCGAGGCUCUCAAUAACCAGGCCCGCAUUGACGAGGUUCUCAGCCGUGGCCAGCUUCCAGAGGAGGCCGUUGACCAUACCGUCUCCGGCUUCUGCUCCUUGUGGGCUUACGUAGAGGCUCCCAAUAAGAUCAUCACCAUGACCCAAGGUCCGCACCGUGAUACUCGGCAAGCUGGUUCUGGAGAGCAAGUUGGAGUGCCUUCUAAGCCUCGAAGAGGUUGA